AAGAUAAUCCACUUCCGCCUGGAAGCUCGCACGUGUGGUCAUCGUUGAAAUCCUAAACAAAACAUGGAAGAAGAGGAAGCGAUCGCUUCAUCAAAUGUUGAAGAGGAUGCCGAAGAAACACCUGUUACAUUCAAGUCACUUGGCAUUGUGGAUGUACUUUGUGAGGCAUGUGAGCAACUGAAGUGGAAAGUCCCAACACAAAUACAGAAGGAAUCACUCCCUAUUGCCUUGGAUGGUAAAGAUGUGAUAGGCUUGGCUGAGACAGGGUCUGGUAAAACAGGCUCGUUCGCCCUGCCCAUCCUCCAGGCUCUCCUGGACACGCCCCAGAGAAUGUUCGCCCUUGUUCUGACUCCCACCAGGGAACUGGCAUUCCAGAUCUCCGAGCAGUUUGAAGCUCUCGGGGCGAGCAUUGGCGUCAAAACUGCUGUGGUGGUCGGCGGUAUCGACAUGAUGACACAAGCACUGGUGUUAGCGAAGAAACCACAUGUUAUAAUUGCCACCCCAGGGCGACUGGUCGACCAUCUAGAAAACACAAAGGGCUUCAAUCUGCGUAAUCUGAAAUUUCUGGUGAUGGAUGAGGCAGACCGGAUUCUCAACAUGGAUUUUGAGCAGGAGGUGGACAAGAUUCUCAAGGUCAUCCCAAGGGAGAGGAACACCUACCUGUACUCCGCCACAAUGACCAAGAAGGUUCAGAAACUACAGAGGGCGUCGCUGAGGAACCCCGUAAAGGUGGAAGUAUCGACAAAGUACCAGACAGUCGAGAAACUUCAGCAAUCCUACAUCUUUCUACCAGUCAAGUAUAAGGAUGUCUAUCUGGUGUACAUCCUCAACGAGCUGGCCGGCAACUCCUUCAUCAUCUUCUGCAGCACCUGUGCCAAUACCCAGAGAGUAGCGCUCAUGUUGCGUAACCUCGGCCUGACGGCUGUCCCCCUGCACGGCCAGAUGUCCCAGACAAAAAGACUGGGUGCCUUGAACAAGUUUAAGAGCAAGAACCGAUCCAUCCUAAUAGCUACAGAUGUAGCCAGCAGAGGUCUGGACAUCCCUCAUGUGGACGUUGUCAUCAACCUCGACAUCCCCACCCACUCCAAAGACUACAUCCACCGCGUGGGCAGGACGGCAAGAGCAGGGAGAUCAGGAAAGGCAGUCACUUUUGUGUCACAAUACGAUGUUGAGCUGUACCAGCGUAUCGAGCACCUGAUCAACAAGAAGCUGCCGCUGUACAAGACGGAGGAGGAGGAGGUGAUGAUGUUGAUGGAGCGAGUCAGCGAGGCACAGAGACACGCCAAAAUGGAAAUGAAUGAUGCUACUGAUGGGAAGAAGAAGAAACGUCAUCGCGACGAGGAUGACACCGAGGAAUCCCGGGGGGUUAGAAAGAAGAUGAAAAUGAAGAAGAAGGGUCGUUGAUGUUGUCAUGGAUAUUGUCUUGGUUAUAUUGUACAGUUAUGAAUAAAAUAUGGCAUCCA